UUUGACAGCUAUGAAAGCAAAAGCUGAUGUAUCAUUCGCGACCGGUGCCGAUGUUGUAUGUUUAACCGCCGGGAAACUCUGAUUCAGAUUAAAACCGUUAUUUAACCAAGCCUACGUAUUUGAUUAAGUUCGUGUUCCGCUAAAAUUCCAGCCAUGCUUCGACCGACCGCAAGUACAGAAAUGCCACUGUACGAUCUAGCCCAACAGGACUAUCACGUCCUGGAGGAAAUGAUCACCACAAAACCGGCGCUUAUCACUCAGAAAGAUUCCAACGACCGCUUCCUGAUGCACUGGGCAGCCCUACGAGGCCGGAAUCUUCUCGUCGAAGAACUGCUGAAGAAGGCCCCGGAACAGCUGGAUGCUACGGAUGACACCGGUGCUACCCCUCUAGUUCUGGCAGCAUUGGGUGGUCAUCUGAGUACCGCUCGGGUACUGGUGGCCAAGGGUGCCACGGUGAAUCAUCGUAAUGGACAGGGUCAUUCAUCGCUGCAGUAUGCCUGCUCUAAGGGACAUGUAGAGGUUGUCAAAUAUCUGAUCGAACAAGGGGCAGACAUCAACGUGAGGGACAAUCGCAACGAUACAUCUCUGCAUCGGGUGGCAUCCCAGGGUCGGCUUGAAAUUCUAAAGUACCUACUGGAACAUUCCGCCCAGGUGGACUGCCAAAAUGCCGAGGGAAACACACCGCUGCAUUUGGCCUGUGAAGAUGAACAGAAUUCCUGUGCGAUUUUGCUAGUGGAACAUGGCGCCUCCGGUUCUGUUGAGAACAAGGAGAAAAAGACGCCGUUGGAUUUAGCACGGCCGGGGCUGCGCCGGACUUUGAAAACAAAACUUGGGAUCGGUGAUGAGUAGUAAUGAAGAACUUUAUUUUUCGGAUAAUUAGCAAA